GCUGAGCCGCGGCCUCGCCGGCCCUGCCCGAUCGGACCCGGGUCCGGGCCGGAAAAACCUGGCCCGGCGGCGGCCCGGCCCGGCCCGGCCGGACUCCGCCCUCCUCCCCCUCCGUCUCCCUCUCCCUCCUCCUCUCCGCUCUCCCUCUCCGGUCUCCCUCCCUCCUCCCGUCCGUCCCCCCUCCUCCUCCUCCUCCUCUUCCCGUCCCCCAUCCUCCUCCUCCCGUUCCUCCUCCUGUCACCCUUCCGCCUCCACCUCCUCCCCCUCUUCCCCAUUCCCCCCUUCCGCCUCCACCUCGUCUCCCUCUUCCCCAUUCCCCCUUUCCGCCUCCACCUCCUCCCCCUCUUCCCCCCUUCCGUCCCCCUCCUCCUCCACCUCCCGUUCCUCCUCCUCUUCCCCAUUCCUCCCUUCCGCCUCUACUCCACCUCCUCCCCCUCUUCCCCCCUUCCGCCUCCACCUCCUUCCCCCUCUGGUCCUCUCCUUCUUCCCCUUCCUUGUUUGGGCUUCACCAAUUUCUAUAUAUAUGUUGAUGUAACUUUCCUUUUCCGUUAUAUGUAUAUAUAACUUUCCCUUUCCACCGUUCUCGUUACGGACCUAUUGUUGAUGCUUUUCCUUCGCUUUUUUGGGAGUUCAUCUGCUAAAGAUGGACGAUGGUGCGGAAGCCCAAUUGCCUCUUUCACCUGCCAAUGGUCGCCAACGCAUUCCUCUUCAAGGGCGCACUCUCCGCAGAAACGCACCCUCCAAAACCCACUACGACAGGUUUAUUCCCAACAGAGCAGCUAUGGAUUUUGAUGUUGCUCAAUAUUUAAUGGUGGAUUCAAAGAAAGAGAAUACAACAAGAAUUCUAACAUCCUCGCAAAAAGCUUAUAUGGAGCGCCUGACAGAGGUCUGCCUUAAGAACAGGACGAGGAUCCUUGCUUUUGGAAGCAAACCUCUGGAACCUGCUGAAAAUAUUUCUUGGUUGCCACAACGUUCUUGGAGUGUUAAGCCUCGUAGAUACAUUUCUCAGACUGCAGAUACAACUCUUGAAGCACCUGAGCUGAAGGAUGACGCCUACUUGAAUUUGCUUGAUUGGAGCAGCAGAAAUGUUUUGGCAAUUGCUCUUGGGCACUCCCUCUAUCUCUGGGAUGCAUCAGAAGGUGGUGCUUGUUCCAAGCUGAUGUCAGUUGCGGACAAUGGCCCUAUUACAAGCGUUAGUUGGGCUCCUAAUGGUACGCAUAUAGCCAUUGGUUUGCGCGAUUCAGCGGCUCAGUUGUGGGAUGCAACAAGUAGUAAGCAGCUGACAGCUCUACGAGGUGGUCAUCAAUCACAAGUUGGUUCUCUUGCCUGGAAUUCUCACAUUCUUACAACUGGUGAUAUGGAUGGUUUAAUUUUUAAUAAUGAUGUACGCCUUCCAUCUCACAUGGUUGAAGAAUACAAAGGACAUGAACUAGAAGUUUGUGGAUUAAAGUGGUCGAGCUCAGGCCAACAACUAGCCAGUGGAGGUGAUGACAAACUUUUGCACAUCUGGGAUCGGAGAAUGGCAUCAGAGCGAAAUGGCAGACAGAAUCAGUGGCUAUACAGACUGGAUGAUCAUAGAGGUACAGUGAAAGCAUUAGCCUGGUGUCCAUUCCAAAGAAACCUACUUGCGUCAGGGGGUGGUAACCCCGACCGUUGCAUUAAGUUUUGGAAUACUUGUACUGGGUCCUGCUUGAAGUCAAUGGAUACUGGUUCACAUGUCUGUGCACUCUUAUGGAGUAAAACCGAAGGGGAACUUCUUAGUUCGCAUGAGAUUGAUUGGAUGGAGGGUGAUAGUCAGAGACCGUUGAUAUUGUGGGAAUAUCCAUCGAUGGGUAUGGUGGCAGAGCUAGUUGGUCAUACUUCCACGGCUCCAUUCAUGGCUCAGAGUCCAGAUGGGUGCAGAGUAGCAUCUGCCUCUGGAGGAGAUGAAACGUUGCGAAUCUGGAACGUGUUUGGAAAACCUGAAACAAAGAAAAAGCCGAUUAGCAAUCCACUUGGGCCAUUUGCAAGUCUCAACAGCAUAAGGUGAAAACAAAAAAAGCAGGUUUUGUUUAAAAAAAUGUAAUUUGUUACUGUAAAAUAAUGAGGAAGGGGUGGUGUAAAGGAGCCAGUUCGGCUACUAGGCCCGCUGAGAGGUUGUGGUUCCCGGACGCCUUUGAGAGAGCUCGAGAAUAUAUCGGACAGUGCCGUAGAAAGCGUCGCUGCAGAGACCAAGGCGAGGAAAUUGUUUUUGGCUCAUGUCUCCCACCUUGCUCAGAACACCCAGACGGCCCUGAUAGCAAUGUUAGGGGCUCACAGCAUUCAAAUCCUGUUCGAUUAAGUGCCUGGUAUGAAGCAUCCGGUGUUUCUCUCUAAUUGGCGAACGUAAGACUUGAGGUGUGCUGUCUUUUGGAUUGCAAAUUUGACGAUAGCAGAGUUGGGAGAUAGCUUGCUUCUUUCCCAAUAUAUGCGUAGUCACUGUCUAAUUCACUUUCUGGCAAUGGCACAGCCCGCCCAUCGUGGGGGCCUGGGACCCCUCUCGCCUCACGGUUCAGGUUCUCCACACUCACCAGUACUGGAUUCUUCAAUCUUGUAUUGAUAAAGAAAGAAGCGAGCAGAACAGUUCUGCUUGGGAGGGGCCUACAUGCCCAACGACCUUUGUAAUCCCGCAGUUGGGCAAUAUAGCUCUGAACUCAGACCUUCCUUGGGCAAUUACAGGUGAUUUCAAUGCCAUGCGCUGAUAAAACAGUGAGAAAUCCGAACAUCGCUUCUUGUCGGGACUUCAACAAGUUCAGAGCUAACCCAGGAUUGAAUGCUAUUGGUGACCGAGUAAGGAACUACACAACUGGACUAACAAUAGAUUGGAAGACAAAUGCAUUUGGUGCUGUCACGAUAGGUGAUGAGACUCACCUAUACAUAUUAUUUCUGCAGUUGCUGGAGAAGAAGAAGCUAAAUGUAAUGGGCCCAAUAAAUAUAAAUUUCCAUUCUCUCUCCCCAUAAUUCAUGCAUGGGUAAUGCAGUAA